CCGAAAGCCAGACGCGUCAGAAGGGCUAGGGGGUUGCCUGACAGAGCACCCGACUUUGGCCCUUCUUGCUCCGCUCUGGUCGAACGUAGACCCCCAAUCCCUGGACCACCCUGCCCACCUCCAGAUGCUGAAGCCAGCGUUAGAGCCCCGAAGGGGCUUCUCCUUCGAGAACUGCCAGAGAAAUGCAUCCUUAGAACGAGUCCUCCCAGGGCUCCGGAUCCCUCAGGCACACAGAACCGGUACCACCAUCGCGGGCCUUGUGUUCCAAGACGGGGUCAUCCUGGGCGCGGAUACGCGGGCCACUAGCGAUUCGGUUGUGAUGGACAAGAACUGCGAGAAGAUCCACUUCAUCGCCCCCAAAAUCUACUGCUGUGGGGCUGGAGUAGCCGCGGACGCCGAAAUGACCACGCGGCUGGCGGCGUCCAACAUGGAGCUACACGCCCUGUCCACGGGCCGGGAGAUUCGCGUGGCUACGGUCACGCGCGUUCUGCGCCAGACGCUCUUCCGGUACCGGGGCCACGUGGGCGCGUCGCUGAUAGUGGGCGGAGUAGACUUGACUGGACCGCAGCUCUACAGCGUGCACCCCCACGGCUCCUACAGCCGUCUGCCCUUCACAGCCCUGGGUUCCGGCCAGGACGCCGCCCUGGCCGUACUGGAGGAUCGGUUCCAGCCGAACAUGAGGCUGGAGGCCGCGCAGGAGCUGCUAGUGGAAGCUGUCACUGCAGGGAUCCUGGGUGACCUGGGCUCUGGGGGCAGUGUGGAUGCAUGUGUGAUAAUGCGGACCGGCGCCAAGCUUCUGAGAACAUUAAGCUCACCCACAAAGCCCAUAGAGAGGCCCAGCCACUACCACUUUGCCCCUGGGACCACAGCUGUGCUGUCCCAGACAGUGAAGCCACUGACCCUGGAGCUGCUGGAGGAAACCGUGCAGGCCAUGGAAGUGGAGUGAAGUAGGAUGAUGCUUAGGGCUUGGAACAAGGGGGGAGUAAACCCAGGAAAUACAAAACACCUAAACAGGGCUCCUGGGUGGCCCACUCAGUUAAGCAUCUGCCUUCAGCUCAGGUCAUGAUCCCAGAGUCCUGGGAUCGAGCCCCGCAUUGGGCUCUCUUCUCCACGGGAAACCUGCUUCUCCCUCUCCCACUCCCCCUGCUUUUCCCCUCUCUCGCUGUGUCUGUCUCUGUCAAAUAAAUAAAUAAAAUCUUUAAAAAACAAAAAAACCAAAACACCUAAACAGAUGGCUGUGUUCCUGGGUGGAGGGGGAGACAAGCAGCCAUCAGGACUCUGUGGCUAAUGUACACCUGCAGGGCCACUCCCUGCAUGGCUCCAGGGCCUGGCCUAAGAGGUGCCCUUUACCCAUCGCCUUAGGCAUCUACUCCUCCAGAACCCCAGCCCUGGCAAGCAUUGCAGCUCAAGGUGGAAAGCCCGCUCCUGACUCUCUACACCAUAGAGGUCCCUCUACCACUCCAGUGCCUUGCUCUUGCCCUCUAGUCCACUGGGGACUGUUGUAAAACCCAGAAGGCCCCACACACUGCCCCACCUACAGCCUUUACCUGGCUCAUCAGUGUCCCAUGGCAAAGCCCACACCUCUGUCAAGGAGGCCCCCAUGGACCCCACAGAGUUAGCCCUCAAUGCUGAUAGAGGAGCUGCUCCCUGACUCUAAGGGCAAGUUCUCACAGAACACUCCUCACCCCUGAAAUACCUUUGCGCAACCGCUCACCUGACCAGGCACACCCUGAGGUGCUAACACCAAACAGGACUUCUAUUUGCACGUGCUGAGCUGUGAAGGGAGGGGGGGAAUGACCUCCCAAGUUUGCUGGGCUGACAGGCGUCACAGGGCUCAUGCAGAGAGAGAUGACAUGACACAUUUAUCCAGCAAACCUUUGCUGAGCACCCACUGAGGCCAGCCUAGGUGCCAUGUGCUGGCAGGAGCAUCCUGCCCUCAGAACAGCUGAUUCCACUGGAGCUUCGGAACUGUUAAGAGUCUGCCCAACCCCUGGGGAGGGUCUACUCUGAGCUGGACUUCCCUGGGCUCCUGAUUGUGCUUUUCCCCCCAGUAUUUUAUUAUGAAGAUUUUUAAACAUAGAAGCUGAAAGAAUUGCAUUGAACACCUAUAUACCCACAGUCGACUUUACAGUUACUAUUGUUGUGUUUGCUUGAUCACAUUUCCAUCCCUCUGUUCAACCAUUAGCACAUCUUAUUUUUUUUGACUGAAGUUUGGGGUCAGUUGGCACCCCCCACACCUCUAGGAGCCCAGUCAACUUA